CUUGCCUAUUCAUCGUACAUUGGUUUCUGGAAUUCAGUGUGCUCUCUUAAUUUAGGUUUUUUACGUUUUUUUAGAAAUUGCCGUUGGUUUCUUUGAUCUAGCGAAAUGGCAUCUGGCGCAAUCUCUUCCGCCGACACGUCAAGUUGGACGCCGGAGCGGAACAAAUUGUUCGAGAAUGCACUGGCGAGGUACGACCAAGGUGAGCCGGACCGGUGGCUGAAAGUGGCGGAGGCUGUUGGAACAAAUGAGGAGGAAGUAAAGAGAAUGUAUGAGGUCCUUCUACAUGAUAUCACUCUCAUCGAAUCAGGGAAAAUACCCAUUCCUAAGUACAAGAAGAAUAGUAAGAGUGGCAGAAGCAGCGGCUGUGAUAACAUUACCAACCAAGAGUUAAGGUUGAAGCAUCUGAAGCUGGAUGGAGAAUGAAUGCGACAGAGUGAAGGCUUGAGUUUUUUUCACUCGGAAAGUUUAUCACUUUUGGUUUCCUUCAUUCUUUCUUUUAUUCUUUAGCUAGUCUCUGUUUGAUGUAACCUGUGGGCAUCUUAUCUUUGACCGUCGACUUUCUUAGGUCAUUGCAUAUUAUUUCUGCUAAUAAAACCUUAAACAUUAU